UCAGGACCGCUCCAUCCUUGCAAACCAAUCAGGCACGCCUAAAAUAAGACCACGGAUUUGCUGCGCAUCUGGCCGUGACAGUACCACUAUCAAAAGCUGCGAUACAAAACUGAGUCACGGGAUAAAUGAGAAAAAAAGAUGCUUACGCGUAGGUGCUGCAUCUCAUUUUUGGAAGCGGAGAUAUAUCGAGGCAUUUCGUCAAAGACAACGUGCAGCUAAACUUUAUACAAUUAAAGAGAAUAACAGCUACAGAGGUACCAGCGACAGAGACACCACACUCUGAUACGUCCUGAGACACGUGGGACUUUUGAGGACACGAUUAAACAUUUUGUCGCAACCGGUGAAUUACGUUAUAUUUCUAUAGGGAUUCUGAGAGGUGUAUACAGACAGUUGUGCCUGAAACCUUAUUUAUUGCAAGGAGACAGACUGGAAACACUGUGCUCAACAGGAACCACAAUCUUAUCCAUACAAAGAAGAUGGAAAGGGAGAGGGUGACUGGUUAUCUCCUGUUCUCUGUGGCCACUGUGGUGAUUGGGUCGCUGCAGUUUGGGUACAAUACUGGGGUCAUCAAUGCGCCUGAGCAGAAAUUGCAGGCCUUCUUCAAUAAAACCUGGAUGGAGAGGUACAGGGAGCCCAUUAGCUCGGGGGUGUGCACCAUCAUAUGGAGUCUCUCUGUGGCCAUCUUCAGUGUGGGUGGCAUGGUAGGCUCCUUCAACGUCGGGAUCAUGGCUGACAAAUUCGGAAGGCGAAAGUCCAUGCUGUUAGUCAACGUCCUUGCCCUAAUCGGGGCAGCCUUGAUGGGUUUCUCAGCAUUGUGCUACUCCUUUGAGAUGGUGAUCGCAGGGCGUCUGGUCAUUGGGCUGUUCUGUGGCCUCUGCACAGGGCUAACCCCCAUGUACAUAGGAGAGGUGUCCCCCACUUCCCUCCGGGGGGCCUUCGGCACCCUGCACCAGCUUGGGGUGGUGGUGGGAAUCCUGGUGGCCCAGAUCUUUGGCUUGGAAGUACUGCUGGGCUCGGCGACUCUGUGGCCCCUGCUCCUGGCCCUGACCGCCAUUCCAGCUGUGAUCCAGUGCAUUUUGUUGCCCUUCUGUCCCGAGAGCCCACGCUACCUCCUCAUCAACCUGAACCAGGAGGAAGAGGCCCUGCGAGCCCUGGUGCGGCUGCGGGGCAGUGAGGAUGUGAGCACGGACAUGCAGGAAAUGAAGGAGGAGAGCAUUAAGAUGGCCAUGGAGAAGAAGGUGACCAUCCCCGAGCUGUUCCGCACCCCUGCCUACAGGCAGCCCAUCCUCAUCGCCAUCAUGCUGCAGCUCUCCCAGCAGCUCUCGGGGAUCAACGCAGUAUUCUAUUACUCCACAGGUAUUUUUGAGAGUGCUGGUGUAACCAAGCCCAUCUAUGCAACGAUUGGAGCCGGCAUAGUCAACACUAUAUUUACUGUGGUAUCUCUCUUCCUUGUGGAGAGGGCGGGGCGACGGACUCUACAUCUCCUUGGAUUGGCUGGAAUGGCAGUUAGUGCAGUGCUCAUGACCAUCGCCCUUCAGUUGAAGGGCCUCCCGUUCAUGAGCUACAUGAGCAUCGUGGCGGUGUUCGCCUUCGUGGCGCUGUUCGAGAUGGGUCCUGGCCCGAUCCCCUGGUUCAUCGUGGCAGAGCUUUUCUCUCAGGGGCCACGCCCGGCCGCCAUGGCUGUGGCUGGCUGCUCCAACUGGACCGCCAACUUCCUCGUGGGCAUCAGCUUCCCCAAACUGGUGGAGUGGUGUGGCCCCUACGUCUUCAUCAUCUUCACCAUCUUCCUCAUCCUCUUCUUCAUCUUCACCUUCUUCCGAGUUCCAGAGACCAAGGGACGGACCUUCGAUGACAUUGCCCGUGGUUUCAGUGGGCAGGCCUCCACCUCAGCGCAGGCGCCACCUACUGGAGAGGUGGUUACACUGCCUGCCUCACCCACAAAAGAGAAAGUUCCACCGGGAGACGUCAAAGAGGAGGACAAGUCUAAUGAAUCUAGUUCUAUUGCAUAGGACAGCUUGUAGAAUGUAGUAGGGGCCAUUGCUAUACAUCAAACAGCGGGGGAUAGAAUAGAUGCCUAAAAACCUAUACACAGAUCAAGCUUCUACAGUAGGAUAGACAUGGGUAAAUAAUAUUGGGAAUUGUUUAGAAUUGGGGGACAUACACACAUGAAGAAAAAAUGAUGUGGGUACAAGUUCAGGGAGACUGUAGGAUUCAAAUGCUGCCAGGUAGCAGCUUUAAUCAAAUAUACAAAGUUGUUGUUAACUGUCCAAUAAUGUCCUUGUCUUUAGUAACCAUGCUGUUUUCCCUAUUCUGACAAACACGUUCUAAAGCCAUGACUAUCAAAAAUCUGGAGGUCAGUAUUUGUGUGUGGUCAGUCAGUCACUUGGUGCACCAUUCCGCUUCACUAAAGGGAGCAUUGGCAAGCAUUAGUAUUGUUUUUGGAAAUUAAACUAUUACAUGAGCCCCUUAUGUCAUGAAUGGUUUGAAGCUAAGGUUUGGGGAAAACAGUGUUUCAGUUUGUGCUCAGAAUCUUUUAGCUGAGUAACAGCUUUGUUGUUAAGACUGAAAAACGAUUCAUUUAAGGCUGGCAGGUAUUCCUUUAGGGAAUCAAAAAGCUUAACAAGCUCUCACAAUGCCAAAUGCAUGCCUUGCUUUGUUUUUCUGCCAUGGUUUUUGAUAAUGGCAGACAAAGGAAUUAAUUGCUCAAUGGGUAGAAAUUCUCAGUCCUGACACAAACCCAGACCAAAGUUCGUACAGCUUAAGUUGAGUAUGUAAUAGUGACAUCACAAGUAGCUUAGUGAUCACGAAGGGUGACUGAUAAACUGUUGGGUACAUAUGGGCACCGUGUCUUCUUCAUUGUACAGUGAGCAACAUCCUGAUAUAAGGAUACAUGAGUAUAAUUGAUCAGGAAGAUGUCUGAUCAUGAAAAUUUGGCCUUAGGUGUUUUUUUUUGGCUGUUCCCUCCCCUGCUUCAUGAUUCUGUACGAUGGGGGUUUGCCAGUGGCAGGCCUGUGCCAUUUUCUGUUGUAGAAACACAGGGGGUGCGUUCAAUACCUGCAACAUUAACACUGUGCCAUUUGAGUUCACUCAAAACUGCAGCUUUUUACCACACUGCUUGGAGAUAGGUCUCUGUAGGUUUAUGUCAGAAUUGCAAAGGUGUCGAAGUGGCCAUCUCAGUGAUGGCUACUGGUGGCAAAAGUGGCAAAACUUUGCAAAACUUUCCAUAUGACUAUAUGCUAGUGCUUUACAAGUACAGGCAUUUCACUGUCUUGCACAACAGGAGUUUCAGCAUGGAGUACCUUCUGCAUAAUUUUUAUAUUUGCUUUUUUGGUAUGUGGGCUACUGUACAUGUGUAGUUUUACUACAAGCUUAAAUUGUUCCAAUAUUGGUUGUGUAGCUCACAUACAGUAUUUGUAUUAUUCUGUAUUAAUUGGCUCUGCUAUUUCUCAAAGCAGCGCAAUUAAGAAUUAAGCACAUUCUCUGCUUCUAGGAGGAUUUUUCAGCUGGACAUUCAAUUAAGCCCUGAAUUAGAUUUAUAAUGCCUCACAUAUCUAUUUUGUGUAUUGAAUGCAUCCCAGUUCAGAUGAUUUUGAUAUACCAGUACAGAAUCUUGGUCACUGCGAAAAAGGCCAUAACCAUGACAUUCCAGUUGGUGAAUGGUUUCUGUUAGUUUGUCUGUUAGUUUGCUGGAACGUUUCAGCACAUUUGCAGUUUGUGACCCACUUAAGGUUUUGUUGCUGCUUGUGUCUAAUUUUUAAUUUGUUUUUGCAUGUGUUAGCUGCAAGACACAGGCACACAUGCACAUUAUCUGUGCUUGCCAGCCAGAAAGAGAAUUAAUUAGAAGAUGUCUAGUUUUCAAAGAAUUUGAAAAGUUAACUCGUAAAAUAGUUUAUAUUAAACCAUUUUGCAUGUAACAAGAGUUCUCAAUUUAUGAGAUGUAUAAAGAUCAACUGUAACGUUGAAUUACUCACAUAGCAACAACAAUCACUUUCCGGUCUGUGAAUCAGCAAAUUACCAAUAUACUGAAUGACAUCAGCAUAAAAUUCAUAAAGCUGUAUUCACAGCUCUCAAAUGCCUCCUCACAGGUUUUCAUACUUGUGAACCAACAUAUCAAGUUAUAGAUAUUCAGUGGAGUGAGGGGCCAUUUUCUUUAAGAUUGAUCCUGGGUGGUCUCAGAAGGAAACAUAGCUACUACUACUGCUAUGAAGAGACAAAUGUUUUUCAAAAAAAAGCAAAAACAAGAAUUCAUCUUCAACAUUUUAAGACCCCCCCCCAAACACUUUCCUUAAAAAUGGAUAAGCAGCACACAUGUCUGCUGAGAAGUUCAAAUGGCAUUUGACCCAACACAAGUAUUCAUAAAUUUUGAUGUGGCUCAGAUUUAGAAUGUCAGGUUUAGAAUACAAAGGUAGUAAACAGAAGUGUUGUAUUUUACAGUACAGUUUUUGGAACAGAUUUGUUGAAAUAUAGGCUUGCUAAUCUUGCUAAUUACAAUCUUGCUGCCUGGCAUUUACUUGAAAAUGCUUUGGCAGCAAUGUAUAAUCUAGCUAAUGUGUUAAAGUUUAGAUUAGAAAAUCAGCAAGCCAAUUACCCACAUAGAUUGCUGGAAAACUAAGCUAAAGAGCAGCUUUAGUGAUUCAAUGGAAGGUAUAAUUGAAGCCCAAUAACUGUAUUUAUUUACGAGACCACUUACGUGCCAUAGUCAGUAGAUUUUACAGAGUACACAGAAUUAUAACUAGUGAAUUCACUGCAAUACUUGUGAUAUUGGCAGACUGGAAUGUUAAAAAAACAAAAUCAAUGGAUAGAAAUUAACACGCGUUAUAUUAUUUGUGUGAACUGGAAUAUUUUUUAUUGACUGAUUUUCGCUGGCACACUGCAAUUGCGUUACUUGUUGUCAAAUUGUGUUGAACUGGCAUUGGUUGAAUGAGUAAUGAGUGACAUUGGAUGUAAAAUGCCAAUAGCAGCUUCUGUCACAUUCUGGUGUUGAAUGUGUCAAGUGUAGUUUUGACACAUUCAACACCAGAAUGGCCUGUGAACUGUC